AUGCUGCUCCGCUGGUUGGGCCCAUCGACUUGCAGCUGGUGCUGCUCUCCGCCCUCAGUUUGGAGCAGAUGCCUGAGGUUUCUUGAGUAUGUUGCCGAGGCAGGCCAUGUGGAAGUGGGCCGCGCUCUGCUGGCUGCGGGUGUGGACCAGAACAUUCAGCUCCAGGGCACAACCGCUCUCAUGCGCGCAUCUUCCGAGGGCAAGGUCGAGAUUGUGCGUUUGCUGCUGGAUGCUGGUGCCGACAAGAACUUGCGGGACUUGUCUACCGGCCAGACCGCUCUUAGUCUCGCAUCCUCCAAGGGCCAUGUCGAGACUGUACGUUUGCUGCUGGACGCCGGUGCCAACAAGGACUGGCCGGACAGGUCUGGCCAGACAGCUCUCAUGCACGCAUCUUCCGCUGGCUCCGUGAAGAUUGUACGUCUGCUGCUGGAUGUCGGUGCGGAUAGGAACGUGCUGGACUCGUGCGGCGAGACCGCUGCGACUCUCGCAGCUUCCGAGGGCCACGUCGAGAUUGCGCGUUUGCUGCUGGAUCAUUCAGAGGACCAGAUUGGUUGUGUGCUUGCAUAA